CCAAGGGUCCCUUCCCGUUCUUUGACUUCUUCUCGUCUCCACCCUCGUUCGUCCCAUAUAUGUGCUAGAUCUGCGUUUACAACCUCUCAUUAUCUCUCUCUGCAACCUUUAAUGUUCUUUUUGUUUUUUCUAUGUUUGCAACAUUCGUUUUCGUUCCAGUAUUUCUCUGGUGUGUCAUAGGCACCCAAGCUGCUGAGCUCGCUGACUAUGUCAAAACCUCCACCGGCUCUGAAAAUGGAGGAAAUACAUUUCCUGGAGUCAGCCGCCCGUUCGGCAUCGUCAAGCUUGGGCCGGACGUCUACACAGGAAAUGCCGCUUACUCAGGUUAUGCACCGAAUGGCGACUUGACCGCCUUCAGCUUGCUUCAUUUGAGCGGUACCGGCGGAGCGCCAAAGUAUGGCGUCGUAUCACAAAUGCCCGUGUCUGGCGCCAUUUCGAAUCCAUUACACGGAUACAAUGCUACCAGAGCUGCUGCCGACGUUACCGAGGUCGGAUACUACAAGUCAUCCCUGAAUAGCAGCGUCGACGUCGAAUUGGCUGCCACGGAGCGCGCAGGGAUGCUCAGAUACACCUUCGCUGAGGACGGUGUCUCAAAAAACGUGAUUGUGGACAUAUCCCAUAUUCUCCAUGCUUAUCGUGACCAAGGCUUGAGCCAACGUUACCUUGGCGGUAACAUAUCGGUCGUCGAGGACGACGGGCUGCUGUCAUAUAGAGGGCAUGGAUCGUACGAUAACGGCUGGAAUCGAUCUCCAAAAUGGACAGUGUACUUCUGCGGACAGUUCGAUUCUCCUGCUACGUUCAAGACAUUUGUCGGCUAUGGGACCGAUCGAACCACUCUGACUGAGUACUCUACGAGUCCUACGGUGCAAUCAACAUCUCGUCUGGGAGCUGUCUUUACCUUUGACGAGACUUCUAUCACUUCCCGCGUCGGGGUAUCCUUUGUCUCGGAAGAGCAAGCAUGUACCAGCCUAAACAAUGAGAUACCAGCGGGUACUAGUAUUGAGACGCUGCGGAACGAAACCCGUGGGGUCUGGAACGACCAGGUCUUGUCUAAAGUCACAACUACCGAUACAGAUCAGACGAAGCUUGAGCAACUUUACACCGCGCUUUACUUCAUGCAUCUUUUGCCCAUUAAUAAAACGGGCGAGAAUCCCAACUGGCAGUCGUCGGAGCCUUAUUAUGACGAUAUCUUCACUUUAUGGGAUAUCUUUCGAUGCACUACCCCUCUGUUCCAUGUCCUGCAGCCUGUCAUGUACGAGGAAUUCAUCCGAGCAUUAAUUGACAUUUGGAGGUUCGACCAUUACAUGCCAGACGCUAGAUCAUCGUUCUACAACGGCGCCACACAGGGCGGGUCGAAUGCUGAUACUGUUCUUGCUGAUGCGUUUGUCAAAGGUGUGCGUGGGAAGGUCAACUGGGAGGAUGGCUUUGCGGCUAUGCUCAAGGAUGCGGAAGUCACCCCUCCGGUUCGCAAUCUUGAUCGCGACCAGGGAGGUUCAACAAAAGAUGGAAGAGGAGCCUUGCCGGACUGGCUACAGCAUGGUUUUAUUACCCCCAAAUUCGUGCGGUCCGUUAGUCGGGCUAUUGAAUAUGCCGGAAACGAUUUUGGGUUAUACCAGGUUGCUUCGGGAUUGGGGAACGACUCCGCGGCCGCGAAGUGCCUGCACCGGUCUCGGUAUUGGCGAAAUCAUUACAACACGAACGUUACCUCUCUUGGAUUUUCGGGCUUCGUGAUGCCACGGAACGAGAGCGGCUUCAUAGAGUGGGACCCAAUGAGCUGUGGUGGCUGCUACUGGCUGGAUUACUACUACCAAGCCCUGCCUUGGGAGUAUACAUUUAACCCACAUCAUGACAUCAACACGGUCAUCGCCCUCUCCGGGGGACCGGAAGAAUUUGUCGAGAAACUGGACAUGAUCUUCAAGCCCCAGAUUCGACAGGCCGGCAAUGCGCGCUUCAACAACACGAUCCAGAAUCCGGGUAACCAGCCCAGCUUUGGCAGCCCUUUCCUGUUUAACUUCGCCGGGCGCCCCGAUAAAUCAGUCGAGCGCAGCCGCUACAUCGCGAAAACGUAUUACUCGCCGACGCCUGGAGGUCUUCCGGGAAACAGUGACGCCGGGGCUAUGGAAAGCUGGCUCCUCUGGGUAAUGAUUGGGCUCUAUCCCAUCACCGGGCAAACUACAUUUUUGAUCGGCUCGCCAUGGUUCUCCAACCUCACCAUCUCGCUAGGCGAUGACAAGCACUUACGGAUAACGAGUUCGGGAGGCUCAGAUGACGCCUACCAUGUCCAGAGUCUUACUAUCAAUGGCGGAAAGUGGACUAAGAGCUGGGUCGCAUGGCCAGAUGUGUUCGAGAGCGGAGGCGAGAUGCAUUUCGAGCUCGGAACGGAGCCCGCUAUGUGGGCGACUGGAGAGCUCCCUCCGAGUCCAGCAAGCGAAUUUGGCACUGAGGCGCGGGAUAGCGUACCCUUUGUGGAGCCGCAUGAUCCACUACCCAGCAGUACUAGGGGGAUCACCAAUAGUCCGGUUGCGAAGAGCACUCAGGAUUCCGUAUCAGGCGGCGCUUUGAAGGGAAGGGAGAUUGCAGUCAUUGUGGUGUUCUCUGUGCUCGGUACUGUUGGACUUGUGGCGCUCGCGUGGUUCAUCCUGAGAAGGGCACGGAGAAGGAGGGCCGCCGGUGGGGUGUCGCCAUUGCGGGAUAGUGAUGGAGAGAAGGUAGAAAAGGAGCCCCGAGGCACACCGCCGGUUCUGUCUUCGGAUUCGACGUUGAAUGUGCACUAACCCCGGAGAGAGCAGAGCAACUAUUUUAUUAAUAAGGAAG